AUGAAGUACCCCCUUGUGCCACUGGUGAACGACCUCACGUUUUCUUUCCUGGUUUUCUGGCUCUGCCUGCCUGUGGGUUUACUGCUGUUCUUACUGAUCGUCUGGCUACGGUUCUUACUUAGCCAAGAUUCCGAGGAGGAUGACUUGGACGUGUGCUUCGACUGGGAGCCCUGGAGUCAAGGCCUGGCCCAGUUCGGCUGGGAGGAGGCCGCGCUUUCCUGACCCAACCUUCUGUGUGUCUUGGCUUCCCUGGAGUCAGCUGGGCUAUGGCGGUGGCCUAAGCGGAUGGGAG